AUGUUGACAAACAGGGGUUAUAACUUGACCACAAAACUUGCUGACGAAUCAUCCAUUUCACUUAAAUACCUUGGGGAAUAUUUAUACUCGGGCCUAAUUAUUCUAGCCCCGUCCGUUAGCGAAUUUGGGGGUGCAUUAAAUGUUAAGGAAAUAAUCGAUUUCGUUGACGAUGGGGGGAACCUCGUUGUAGUUGCUGGCCCAAAUGUAGGUGAAUCGAUUCGAGAGUUAGGGAGUGAAUGCGGUGUGGAGUUUGACGAAGAAAACACUCUUGUUAUCGACCAUUUCAAUUUCGACAAAAAGGAUGAUGGUUUACACUCUUUAAUCGCUGUGUCUGUAGAUAAUCUAGUCAAAAGCAGUGUGAUAACUGGAGGGAAAGUUGGUGCACCUUUGUUAUAUCGUGGGAUAGGUAUUUCAGCUGAUCAAACUAACCCUUUGCUCAUUGAUGUCUUACAUGGAUCGAAAACUUGUUACAGCUACAAUCCAGACAAAACCAUAACAGAUUAUCCAAAUACUGUCGGCACAAACACUCAACUGAUCACGGCAUUGCAAGCAAGAAAUAACGCUCGUGCCUUGUUCAUUGGUUCGUUGGAUUUUUUGUCGAAUUCGUUUUUUGAAUCUACCGUUGAGACUGAGUCUCAUAAGAGUGUUGUUUGUGGCAACCAGAUGCUUACUGAUAAUCUGUUGCGAUGGGUUUUGGGUGAGCGUGGUCAGCUGCGACAUACUUACGUGAAACACCACCGAGUGGGUGAAACUCUUCCACCUAGCCAGUAUACGAUUAUGGAUGACGUUAUUUACAUAAUCAAAAUAGAAACAAAAGACGAUAACGGGAAUUGGGUUCCUUUCAAUGCAGACGAUGUCCAGUUGGAGUUUGUGCGAAUAGAUCCAUUUAUCAGAAAGAAAAUGGAACACAAAGAUGGUGAAUACAAACUUGCUAUGAAACUACCUGAUGUGUACGGAGUAUUCAAAUUCGUAGUUGAUUAUUAUCGUGUUGGCUAUACACACCUAAUAAGUGUUACUCAAGUUCCUGUUCGUCCAUUUACACAUACACAAUAUGAACGAUUCCUCGUGGCUGCUUAUCCUUAUUAUAGUAGUGCUAUAUCAAUGAUGAUUGGCCUAAUAUUAUUUAGUUUUGUAUUUUUGUAUUUAAGGGAUGAUAAGGAAAAAGGUGAAUAA